CCUAUCUUGGAAGUUGCAUCUAUUGAAAAGGAUUUGAAAAGGCACCAUACCCUAAUGUCAGAGAAUUCAAAUAUGGCACACAAAGCGGGAAGGUGAGUAGUCAGUCCUCUAUAGUAAAGAGUGUUGUUCCAUUUCAUUCAUUUCCGAAAGCAACAAUGGCGACCAACCCCAGGAGCACAGCGAAGAAACCAGUCAGCCUCAACGACAGCCACUAUCGCUUCCUCCAAGACCUCUCCGCUCCGCCCAAACGCUCCUCCUCCUCCGUCACCACCACCGAUGAAGACGAAGACGAUCAACCUACCCAACGCCGAAACAACCAACCACCACCAGAUGAUACUUUUCCUCAAUUUUCUGCAAUCACCGACUUCGAUUCUCCAAUCGGUCAAAACUCGCCGGAGAAUCCCGAACCGAGCAAGGAAGAAGAAGCAACACCUCCACCUGAGGAAAAUUUUCAGUGUUCGGCUAUUUCUGCCCCUAGUCAAAACUCACCGGAAAAACACGAACCGAGCAAGGAAGAAGAAGCUCCACCUCCACCUCCACCUGAGGAAGAUUUCCAGUUUUCGGCUAUUUCUUCCCUUAAGGACGAGAAGAAGACGAAGGUGAAGGUGCAAGGUCGACGCCGUCUUUGCAAGGUUGCGUAUACCGAUGAUGCGAGUGAGAACGUGGUGGUUGAUGAGCAUAGGUUUGAUGACAUUGUUGAUCUUGAUACGCCUGUUCCGGCGCCGAAAAGUGUGGUCCGGAUUGAGGAGAGUGGGGGUAGGAGUGAGAUUAGGGAUAUUUUGAAUGAGCUGAGCUCUAGGUUUGAGUUGUUAUCUAUGGAGAGGAAGCCGGAGAGGAAGGUGGUUGAGGGUUUUGUUGGAGGUGAACUGAGCUCCAAGUUUGAGUUGUUAUCUGAGGAGAGGAAGCCGGUUGAGGGUUUAGUUGGAGGUAAACUGAGCUCCAAGUUUGAGUUGUUAUCUGAGGAGAGGAAGCCGGAAAGGAAGCCUGUUGAGGGUUUAGUUGGAGGUGAAUUGAGCUCCAAGUUUGAGCUGUUAUCUGAGGAGAGGAAGCCGGUGCAGAAGCCUGUUGAGGGUUUAGUUGGAAAGAAAGAAGCUUUCGAAGAUGAGGGUUUGGAGUUUGGGAGUGCGGGGUCUUCAUUUUCUCAACAGCAGGAUAAUGAGCUUGAUGGUGGUAGCGGCCGUGGUGGGGGUGGUUUGGAGGAUGAUUCAGAUGAUUCUGUUCAAGAGUUGGAUCAUUUUGAGGCUGUAGAUGAUGGUUCUAUAACUUUGAUUGGCCCAAUAUCUACAUAUAAGUUGCCGGGUAAAAUUGGGAAGAUGUUGUAUCCGCAUCAGCGGGAUGGGUUGAAUUGGCUAUGGUCUUUGCAUUGUCUGGGUAAAGGUGGAAUAUUGGGAGAUGACAUGGGUUUGGGGAAAACAAUGCAGAUUUGUGGCUUUCUAGCUGGACUGUUUCAUUCCCGUUUAAUUAGAAGGGUGUUGGUUGUGGCCCCCAAAACCCUACUGCCUCAUUGGAUCAAAGAAUUAUCAGUUGUUGGUCUCGCUGAGAAGACAAGAGAAUAUUUUGGAACUUCCAUGAAACUCAGAGAAUAUGAACUUCAGUACAUACUUCAGGACAAAGGUGUUCUUCUCACAACAUAUGAUAUUGUCCGUAACAAUUCUAAGUCAUUACGGGGACAUAGUCAUUUUGAUGAUGAUGAAAGUGAUGACCCUACCUGGGACUACAUGAUACUUGAUGAGGGGCACCUUAUUAAGAAUCCAAGCACACAGAGAGCUAAAAGUUUGCUCGAGAUACCCAGUGCUCAUCGCAUUAUCAUUAGUGGCACACCAUUGCAAAAUAAUCUUAAGGAGUUGUGGGCAUUGUUCAAUUUCUGCUGCCCUGAGUUGCUUGGUGACAACAAAUGGUUUAAAGAAAAAUUUGAAUCACCAAUACUUCGUGGAAAUGAUAAGAAUGCAACUGACAGAGAGAAGCGUGUUGGUUCACAUGUGGCAAAGGAGUUAAGAGAUCGUAUUCAGCCUUACUUCUUGAGACGUCUAAAGAGUGAGGUUUUCAAUCAAGAUGACAAGAACAAAACUGCAGAACUUUCUCAAAAACAAGAAAUCAUUGUGUGGCUUCGAUUGACCAGUACUCAGCGGCAUCUUUAUGAAGCAUUUUUGAAGAGUGAGAUUGUUGUCUCAGCAUUUGAUGGCUCACCACUUGCUGCCAUUACGAUUUUGAAGAAAAUAUGUGAUCAUGCACUUCUAAUGACUAAGCGGGCAGCUGAGGAUGUGCUUGAAGGGAUGGACUCAGAGCUAAAGCCCGAAGAGGCUAAUGUUGCAGAAAAAUUGGCGAUGCACAUAGCAGAUGUUGCAGAAACAGAUGAGUUUAAAGAUGUGCAUGAUGCCUCGUGCAAAAUUUCCUUCAUUAUGUCAUUAUUGGAUAAUUUGAUCCCUGAAGGGCAUAAUGUGCUCAUCUUUUCUCAGACUCGCAAGAUGCUUAAUCUUAUUCAGGAAAACCUAGCAGCCAGAAGUUAUGACUUUUUACGAAUUGAUGGCACAACAAAAGCCAGUGACAGAAUAAAGAUUGUUAAUGAUUUCCAAGAUGGUAUUGGAGCUCCUAUAUUUCUCUUGACAACUCAGGUUGGUGGUUUAGGACUGACACUUACAAGAGCAGAUCGGGUGAUUGUGGUUGAUCCUGCUUGGAACCCAAGUACGGACAAUCAAAGUGUUGACCGUGCUUAUCGUAUUGGUCAAAAGAAAGAUGUUAUUGUCUAUAGACUGAUGACAUGCGGAACCGUUGAAGAAAAGAUAUACAGGAAGCAGGUAUAUAAAGGAGGAUUGUUCAAAACUGCUACUGAACAAAAAGAACAAACUCGGUAUUUUACCCAGCAGGAUCUUAAGGACCUUUUCAGCCUCCCAAAAGAAGGAUUUGAUGUAUCUGUUACCCAGCGGCAAUUAAAUGAGAAGCAUGAUCGUCUUAAAGUGGAUGAUGCUUUCAAAGCCCAUAUAGAGUUCCUGAAAAGUCUCGGCAUAGCUGGUGUUAGUCACCACAGUUUGCUGUUUUCCAAGACAGAACCAGUUCAAGCUGCUCCAGAGGAGGAUGAAGUAACAAGGAAUCAUAGGCCUCCCUAUAUUGGAUCUUCAAAGCCAUCUUCGCAUGAUCUUGUUGUUGAUGGCAGAGCUGAGUUUGCGUUUAAUCCAAAGGAUGUUAACUUAAGCAAAAAAGGUUCUUCUCCAAGCAGUGCUGGUAAAUUGUCGGAGUCAGAAAUCAAGGAUCAAAUUAAAAGGCUCUCUCUCACACUUUCAAAUACGGCAAUGGUUUCUAAAUUACCUGACAAGGGGGAGAAACUGCAUAAACGGAUGGCGGAGCUGAAUGUAAUGCUCACUAAACUGAAGAUGGAACAAAGAGAAAUAAUUGAUUUGGAUGAUUUUACUAGUGACUUUCAGAGAGUGUUGAAUGUAUAGCUUAUUUAUAUGUAACUGGAUGUUAAUAGACCUAUUUCCUCGGGUCUUCUUUUUGUAGAAAAUUAUUGUAAGAACAAUCAGGAAACUGUAAGUUAAUUGAACUCUCUUGAACUUUUACCUCCAAAGUUCAAGAUUGUCAAUUAAGGUGAACAUUUUUUCAAGGAAUCAAUACAGUGAAGCGUAUUUUGCAAAA